AUGAGGUAUUCUCGAAAUGUUGUCAAUGAGGUACUGCGGCUGUCACCACCUGCUCCAGGAGCCUUUAAACAUGUUAUAAGUGACUUCACUUACGAAGGCUUUACCAUUCCUACCGGAUGGAAGGCACAUUGGAGCGUAUUUUCAACACACCAAAAUCCAAAAUAUUUCCCAGAUCCAAAGAAGUUUGACCCUGCGAGGUUUGAAGGAAGUGGACCUAUGCCAUUCAGCUUUGUACCAUUUGGUGGAGGUCCUCGUAUGUGCCCAGGGGCUGAGUUUGCGCGCCUAGUAAUACUAAGCUUCAUACACAACUUGGUCACAAGAUUCAAGUGGGAGAAAUUACUUCCAGAUGAGAAGGUCAAAUUUGAUCCGUCUCCAGUUCCAGUGAAUGGAUUACCAAUACGGCUUAUGCCUCACAAAUGUUAA